UCUCCAUUUCCACAUUAACUAACAGAGAACACUGUAAAAUUCUCUCCAAAUUCAAAGAAACAAUGUAUAGAAACAAAAGGGUUUCGAUCUUUAUUGCCUACGUAGCCCUUUUCAGCUUGCUUUCAAAGGGUAUAUAUGCAUUUGAACCAGAAUUCGGGUCGACCCGUGUUGUCUUUCAGACAAAUUAUGGAGAUAUUGAAUUUGGUUUCUACCCUAGUGUUGCGCCAAAGACAGUUGAGCACAUCUUCAAACUAGUGCGCUUGGGAGGCUACAAUACCAAUCACAUCUUUCGGGUAGAUAAGGGUUUUGUUGCUCAAGUGGCUGAUGUUGCUAGUGGGAGGAGUGCACCUAUGAAUGAAGAACAAAAGGCGGAAGCUGGAAAAACAGUUGUUGGUGAAUUUAGUGAAGUGAAACAUGUGAGAGGAAUCCUUUCAAUGGGAAGGUAUGAAGAUCCCGAUAGUGGUGGCUCAUCAUUUUCAAUGCUCCUUGGAGAUGCACCCCACCUCGAUGGUAAGUAUGCAAUAUUUGGCAAAGUUACGAAAGGAGAUGAAACACUGAGAAAACUUGAGCAAUUACCUACUAGACGUGAAGGGAUCUUUGUAAUGCCAACUGAACGCAUCACAAUUCAUUCAACAUAUUAUUAUGACACCAACAUGAAAACUUGUGAAGAAGAGAGGUCGCUGCUAAAAAGAAGACUUUCUGCAGCUGCUGUUGAAAUAGAAAGACAGAGGAUGAAAUGCUUUCCUUGAAUCAAGUGGGAAAAUAUAAGAGUUCCUGUGACGCUCUUAUGUAAGCUAUAUAGGCUCUCUGCCUCUUUAUACUGGGCGAGCGUGUCACAUAAAGGUGGACAAAGAGAUUAUUAUUACAUGUGGAUUGUGCGCCAAAACUCAUGAAAUUAGAACAGUCCAUUUGUUAGGAAUGUGUCUUAUUGACCAUAUAUAGUCAUUCGAUGGAAUUGACUUCUAGUAGCCCUUUUUGUUUGAGGUUUCAUUCUUAGUGAAAGACAGCCCCCAUUAAUUUGACA